CACAGAAGAAGAACGGGCAGCGACUCUCCGCCAACAUGUCGCCUCUCAGGGCAGUCUUUGCCUUUGAUUUGAAAGAAUAAGCCUUGUUAUCUUGAAAAGCGCUCACUCCGCUAACUGGUCCACAGUAGAUGCGACACCAAAACAAUAUCGCGGUCCUGCAGAAUGUCCAAGAUCAGGCGGAAGGUGACAGUGGAGAAUUCAAAAACUAUAUCUGACAGCGGGAGUAGCAGCAGCACCACGACCAGCAGCACCACCAACCCCGCCGCCCCCUCUCGCAGGCCGAGCGUGUUUGAGAGACUUGGUCCCAGCACUGGGAGUAAUGCCGCUGAUAGUCACUGCAGAAAUUGGCUGAAGACUGGUACCUGCAGUUACGGCAACACUUGCCGCUACACACAUGGAACUCAGCCACGAAGCAAAGGAUUCACCUUCAGUCGCAGGACAACCGAGAGGCCCACAGGUGAUCUGCGGGAGAGGAUGAAGAAUAAAAGACAGGAUGUUGAACCGGAAAACUUGAAGCGAGACCUAGACGAGCCCACAUCCCCCGCAGUAAGACAGAGAGAUUCCUCUAGAGGGCGACACAGAGAAAAGGAGGACAUAAAGAUCACAAAGGAGCGUACCCCGGCCAGUGAAGAAGAGCCCGCAGAGUGGGAAACUAAUCGUGAAGAUUCUGAUAACGGCGACUACGACUACGAGUUAUCCCUCGAGAUGAAGCGGCAGAAAAUCCAGAGAGAACUGCUGAAACUGGAGCAGGAAAAUUUGGACAAGAGAGAAGAUACGGUCGUCAAGAAAGACGAAACCGCCACUAAAACCAGAAACACGGGUUUGCCGAAGGUCUCAGACGAGCUGUUAAGCUCCAAAGAGUCACCCACAUCCAGAAAGUCCAGCGGCUCCCCGAAGCACAAAAGUGGAGCCAAAGGGACAGGCUCUGGAAAGAAGGAGAAAAAGUCAUCAGUAGCCCUAGCUGUUUCAGAAACAACCAGACCGGCAAAAGCAAGCCACAGCAAGAAAAAGGGGCCCCGUACGCCAAGUCCUCCUCCUCCUGUCCCUCUGGAUAUUCCUGUGGUUGGGAAGAAGCACAAAGGCAAACACAAAAACAAGGAGAAGAUGGAGGAGAAGCAGAAGGAAGGGAAAGAUCGGGGCAGAGAUACAGAAAAACACAAAGAGAAGAAGGAGAAACGCAGGGAUCGGUCGGACAGUUCCCACAAGGCCAAGCGCGCACUAACUUCAGAGGAUCAUUCGGGCAGCGUGUCUUCUCCCUCCAGGGAUGCUUCGCCUCCAGCCAGGAAGAAAUCGGCCUCUCCCAAAGUUUCAUCCCAUAAAACCUCCCUGGCUUUCCCCUCACAAAGAUCUCCUUCCCCCCUACGCUACCAACGCAGCCCCACUCCUCCUCGACACCAUUCCCCCUCCUCCCACUCUGGCUCUUCUGCCCAUCGGCACUCCCCUUCCCCUCGACGGCGUCGCUCGUCUUCCGUCACCUACCACAGAAGCUCCACAACGCAGGUCACCGCCUCCUCACCUCCCCACUCACGUCGUUCUCGAUCGCCUCCCGGCUCUCACGGCACCUCCUCCCCACAUCGACGGUCCAACAGGUCAAGCCCCGCCCGGCACCGCUCCAGGGGCAGAGAGAGGAGCCGUGGGGACCGAGAAAGGACCCCGCCCACACAGGAGCGGAGACACGACCACAGAGAUGAGAGCCGCAGCAAACGAGAGAAGGACCGUGAUGAUCGUGACUACGACUCCGAAGUUCUCUCCUCCAGAGAUGAUCGGGAGACCAGAGAGACCCGCGAGCGACGGGACCCUCGUGAGCGUGGAAGGGAAGCUACCCGCGAUUCCCGUGAUAACCGAGACAUUAGGGAUGUGAAGGACUCCAGAGAAAGCAAGGCAGAGACCCGCUCUAGUCGAGAGUCAUUGGAACGCCGCGAACGGGACAAAGAGCGGGGUAGGGAAAAGGACAGGGAGAGGAGUGAGGCCUACAGGAAGGAGGAGAUAACUCCAGACGACAGGGCUUAUGGAAGAGGUCAUGGACGGGAUGAUGGAGGCAGAACUGAAGGGAGGACAGACAGCAAGAUGGACAGAGCUGAAAGGAACAGCAGAGGAAGGGGACGGGCCAAUGAAGCCUCGGAUAAAGUCUCAAACAGAAAUUCUCGUAGUUCCCAACUGGACAGCGGCUAUGACAACUGGGAGUCACGGAGCAGUGCGGUCCGGGACCGAAGCGUGGAAAGGAGCACCACCGAGAGAAGCUCUGACAAGGCUUCUGAGCGCGAUCGCUAUGAGAGCGACAGAAGAGAUCACGCUAGAGACUCCUCCUACGACAGGAGGGGAGGACAUGGAGAGCGGGAGCACAGAGACAACCGAGAGAGAGGUUCUCCAAACAGAUAUCAGAGGAGGUCUGAGGAGUCUGAGAGGGAGGAGCGGAGGACGGACCGAACAGAGGACAGACGGGACGACAGGGCUCGCGAGAGGGAGCGAGAAAGGGAGCGGGAGAGAGACCGGGAGAGGGAGAAAGAGAAGGAGAGGGAGAGAGAAAAGGAGCGAGAAAAGGAGAGGGAGGCAGAGAGGGAGAGGACAAGGGAAAGAGAGAGGGAGCGGGAAAGAGAACGGGAAAGGGAGAGAGAGGAACGAGAGCGCGAGAGAGAGCGAGAGGAGAGAGAAAGGGAGAGAGAGAGGGAAGAGCGGGAGAGAGAGAGGGAGAGGAAGGAAAGGGAGCGAGAGAGGGAGCAGAGGGAGAGGGAGAGGCAGCGGGAGUGGGAGGAGCGAGAGAGAGGUAGGGAGGAGAGGCGGGAGAGGAGAGAAGACAGCAGGGAUGACCGGACGGUUCGAGACGAUCGCAAGAUGAGUCGUAAGAGGCUCCGGGUGGAGAGCAGUCCGAGCCCUCAGCCCCUGCCUAAGCGGACCGUGCGGGACUUCAGCCCGGCAGACAGUGACGGCUACAAUAGCGGCGAGGACAAAAAUGGGGAUAAGCACCGUCUGCUAAGCCAAGUGGUGAGGCCUCAGGAUCGCUUGUCACGGUCGCCCCCACGGAGCGUUGCAUCUAGUGAAAAAGGUACUUACUGGAAAGAUGAGGAGCGCAGGGGAGCUGGGGACAAGCGGGAAGCGCGCAGCCGCCAUGACGAGCUGGAGACACGUGCAGAUCGAGGCAGAGAAGGCGAGAGACGUGGAGAGUACCUUACAGACGUGCCCUCAGACUCUCGCAGCAGAGGCCGUGACCAACGAGAAUCAACUCCACCACCUCCUCUUGCAGCCCUUCCUACUGGUGGCGAAGAUAGAGACACCACCGGUUCCCAGUCCCAUGAGGAAAACAAGAAGAAGACAAAGACACAGAGGAAGGGUUUGAAAAAAGGGCGCAAGGAUGAGGAGAUUGCUGGGAGCAAUACUGUGGCCCCCGUAGCAGAGCGGUUCAAUCCAGAGCCUCCAGCUAGCAUGUCAGCAGAUGUGCCUCCGCCUUUACACUCACCAAGAAAAGGAGUCAAGAAGAAGGGACAUGAACGCAAAAGGAAGAGGUCCUCAGGAGGGGAGUCUGAUGUGUCCGAGGAGGAGAAGCCUGUCCAACAGCCUCACAAUAAGAGGAAGAGAGGUCCUCGGACACCGCCGCCCUCAUUGAGGCCUGAUCGUCUUGGGGCUGCAACAAACACGGAGCGCUCCCCUCUUUCCAAAACAAACAAUUUCAGUGAUUGGUCCGACGAGGAGGAGUCGGAGCGAGGAGGUCUGGUGGACACGCUAGCACCUCCGCCUCCUGCUGAGAGGACUCCAUCCGAGCCUCUCAGGAGAGGCAGUGGCCACCGGAUGGGCAGAGACAGGGGCAGGGGUAAUGCACCACCCAUAGCCCCACUUUUAUCCCAAGACCCUCCAAUGCUCCUCCAAACUAUGACACCACAGCCGCUCAUGUCCCAGCCGCUUCUCCGGAAACCCCCACCAGAGCAGGCGCGCAGCAGCAGCAUGGGGAGCAACCAGAGCCGGGCGUCAUCUCGGCGUCCGCGAUCGCCUUCCAAUGAGUCAGCCCACCUGGAGGACCCUCAGGGUCCACGCGUGCGCCGCGGCAGGCUGCAGGGCUCCAACUCCCGGGACCGAGAAAGAGAAUGGGAGCGAGAGCGCGAGAGGCCGAUGGUAAAUGAUCCUCCUGGGGGCGAGAGGAAAUCCCGAAUCGAUCAGUUGAGGAGAGGAGAGCCCAGUCGCAGCACCUCCUCAGACCGCCAAGAUUCCCGUAGCCACAGCUCCAGACGCAGCUCUCCAGAUUCAGAGAGACAAGGCAGGUCCGGGUCGCGAGCCGGCUCCUAUGACAGUCGAGAGCGGGAGAGAGACAGGGAGCCUUUUGAGCGGGAGAGAGAAGGAGAUCGUAAGGACUUCCGCCCUCAGCAGAACCAGCAGCAGCCCCUGCACCUUCAACAGCCCGUUCAACCACAGAGAGACUGGGAGCCAGAACCGAGGGACUGGCAGAGCAGGGGGCGAGAACCCAUCCUUAUUCGUCCUGGUCGGGAACCACUCCUGAGAGGUGAGAGGGACAUCAGGGAUCGGGAACGCCUCCUCCCAGAGGGGCUCAUUCAGCAGCACGAACGGGAGCGAGAGAGAGAGAGGGAGCGGGACAGAGACAACCGGGGGGAAAGAGGCGUAGAUCGAGAAAGGGAGAGGGUGAUGAUGGAUCUUCCUCCACAUGGUGACCUGAGAGCUCCGGGGCGAGGAGACGCAAGAGGUGACAUGAGAGGAGAUGUGCGAGGUGAUUUGAUAAGGCAGGACAAGAGCGACUUUGAGCCUCUGCUCCCAAGAGAAGCCUUCAACCCGCCAGAACCAGAAAAGUCAAGUAACAGUCACCAUCUCGCUGGAGAUCAGCGUGAGCUGGAGAAGACUGAAAGCAUUGAUGGAGAGGAUGAUGGGAAAGAAGAUGAGCAGUCCAUCGCUUCGGUUGGAGAGGAGUAUGAACCCAUCAGUGAUGAUGAGCUAGAUGAAAUUCUGGCUGACAGCCAGAAAAAGGAGGAUCAGCAGGAAGAUGAGAAAAUUACAGGUCCCCUGGAUGUUAUUGACGUGGACUGGUCCAGCCUAAUGCCCAAACAGAAACAGGAGCCCCGGGCAGCGGGUGCGGCUUUGCUCCGCUUUACCCCAGGCGCCUUCCUGUUGAGGGCGGGCAUUUCAAAGCGCCUCGCAGGCCCUGAACUAUUAGAACAAGUCAAAGAGGUGUGCAAGUCGGAGCUGGAUAAUCCCAAAGACUCUGACAAGCUCUUUGAGCAUGACCUUGGAGCCCUGAACAUGGCUGCCCUGAACAGGCGGGUCGAGAGGGCCAGUUUACUGAGCAACCUCGGACCCUGCUGUAAGGCUUUAUGUGCUCGCAGGGACUUCGCCAUUCGCCGGCACCUGUUAAAAAACGAAAAAGGUCAAACCAAGCAGUACCCCACUACACCUGUGGUAGACAAUGAGCUUCUCCAGAUGAGCAUCCGGCUCUUCAGAAGGACCAUGGCCAGUCAGACCUCAGCCCCAGAGAGGUCUGAGAGUGGGUCGGCACCAGCAGCCGAAGUUGCUGAAACUGGUAGUAGCAAGCUGAGCACAGCACAAUCAGAGGUGUGUGUGUCCUGAAAGUCUUGACCCUUACCUUAUUCUCCCUCACCUUUCCUUACAUAAGAGUCCUUUUAGUCACAAGAGGGAGUCGAACUAAUUUGGCAAGAUGUGUGGGUUUUUAGUUAUGUUGGGAUGGAAUGAAACACAAUUGAUUUGGGCCAUGUGAAUAUGCUCUAGGAUCACCUGCUGAACAUUUGAGCCCAUGGAAGUAUACUUUGUAUUAGACACAUCUAAUUCAUGUUUUUGUGCUGUUUUAAAAAUGUUUUUUGAUUAACAGAUCUCCUGACUAACCAACUUCAAAUUGUUUGUUUGUUUUUUGUAUGUUGUGCAUUGGUUCCUAUAAAAGUGCAUUAAAAUGGUUAGAUCUUUGUUUUUUUUCCCCCCGGCUUCUUUGCUUUGUACAAAACCGACUGUUCUGCCGUGAAAAUAUGGAACAUUUCAUGUAUUUUCACUGUCCUACAUAUCUAAGGAGCAAAUUUGUUGAGUAAAUGUCCACACCAUGAGUACAUCCUGCAGAGACUUGAAUGAACUUAUUAAAAAGCACUGCCAAACUAUUCCUCAAGAGGUUGCAGUUUGUUUUAACCGUAAGUCUGUAUAAACAGCAUAAUGUGCUCAAUGUAACUGAUAUGAAUGGCUUGGUAGUGAUUCCCCGACAUGAACUGAAGAGAGUGCAGAGCACUAGCAGUCAAACACUGCCAUGUGGAGGUUCCUCGUCAACCCGCAGAAGGGGAAAGCCAGAAUAUUAGCAUGCUGCGUAGAGCAAAUUCAGUGGGGGAUGUGAAACGUGCAGGUUGUGCGUUCUGUCGCUGUUGGGACACCGUAGCAGCAGAAGAAGCCUUCGAUUGAGUGUGACUUUGCCCUUGCUCCACCUUUGUUUCAGGAAUUUGUGCCCCUGUCAUCAUGAAGAAAAGGACAAAUCUGGUUCUGAUAAAGAUGGCCUCCUGCCUGCACACAUGAACGCUACAAAACACUUUUUCUGUGUAAAGUAAAUUUUAAAGUGUACAAAUGA